GAAUCAUUCACUUAAGUGAGUCCAGGGCUGGUUCAGCAUCAAACCAUGACAAUGUUGAGUACUGCAAUAACAAUUCUGAGUACUGCAUUGCUGAUUCAGACCCAAAAGGAUCCUCAAUCACUCCAUUUCAAAAAAGCUGAACUUGGAGAUACUGUUACUCUCAAUUGUACAGUUUUGAAAAAACUGAAUAUCAAUGAAGAGUUAUACUGGUACAAGCAGACUAUGGGAUAUAAUCCCCAAAUGGUAGCUAGCCGAUAUUAUACAACAAAGAUUUACAAGUCUUUUAUGUUGAGGUUCAAAGUGGGAAAUGGAAGUACCUUCAAUUUGACAAUCAGCAACAUUAAAAAAGAGGAUGAAGCAAGUUAUUUCUGUAAACAAGGAGGACAAUAUCUAAACAUUUGGAAUAAUGGCGUUUUCCUGACCGUCAAAGAUCCCAAUGACCAGAGGUUUGUCUCCCAGGCUGUGGUCCAACAGCCUGUGUCUGCAUCAGCUCAGCUGGGAGACCCUGUGGCUCUCCAGUGCUCUAUUACCUCCCAGAGGACGGACCACAGUAACCAAUGCCAAGGGGAACCCAGUGUGUACUGGUUCAGAUCAGGACCAUCUCACCCUGCUGCCAUUUACAUGAAUGGGAACAGGAGUGGUGAAUGUCAGAAUAGUUCUGGGCCUCCGUCUGCUCCCCAGAGCUGUGUCUACACUCUGCCCAAGAACAAUGUAGACUCCUCUGAUGCUGGGACUUACUAUUGUGCCCUGGCAGCAUGCGGGGAAGUUGUGUUUGGAAAUGGAACCAAGUUGGACGUGUUUCGAAAUGGAACCAACAAAACAGAACCCAAUAUGCAUCUUGUUACCGGGGUGCUUGGAAUACUGUUGGCUUGCUGUCUGUUUAUGGUUAUAAUCCUCUUUCUAACAAGAAAUAAAAAGCAAGUUUGUGAGCAUUGCAAAGGAACACUGAGAGCCUCCUACCAUGUUACACAUGACUCAGUGAUUCAGGAACAACAGGACGGAGAAACAGAUUUGGAAAACUAUGCAGCGUUGGAGUUCUCUGGCAGGAAAACCAAAGCAGGGAAGAAGAACAUUGAUUGGACUCAGGAGAGUGUGUAUUCUGCUGUGAGAGAAACCUGCCACUGAAAUCCAUCAACCAGGUCCUAAUAUUGUUUGAUCUGGUGGAUGUGCAGUACAUUUCUAAAAGGGAUAAAAAGUACAAGUUCAAGUAAAGAUACAAGAUACAAUAAAUAACACGAUUUAGACGAAACUCAAAUGGCAGGACAUUUUUACAGCGCUGGUAGGAGAUUAAGUUCAAAAUAUUUUCUUUUUAAAUGGAGAUGAUAAAGCAUAUCAGUUUGUGUAUCAAAAUGUAGAUACUUUCAGUCUAUAUAUAUAUAUAUACAUAUACACACACAAAAUCCACAUGACCUGGAACAUGCCAGUGGAUCUGUGUACAGAGAUGACUAAAGCGAGAGAAGGGGCAGAACAAAAACAAGAUAGAAACAAGGGCAUGCCCUUCACUUAACACCUGACAAGACAGAGACAUGACAUCCUUGGCUGUGUAUGAAUGGUGGGUAUGUGUCUCUGAAAUGGACUCAUGUAGCAACUGUUGUCUCCAUUGCAAUAGGAUCCCAAAUGAGUACUUAUAUAAGAUAUUAGUACAACUGAAAUAAAAAUCAAUCACUUCAUUAAGACUGUCGUCCAAAUUGUUGAUAACAACGACCUUAAUUAUUUUACUUAACUCUUUAUUAAAGCACAUACCAGAUAAAAUACUAUAAUACAAUUAAAAUAAUUCCCUGUUCACUAAACUGACUGUCGCCAUUCAGGUU